AUUUGAUAAAAAUAAAAUGGCGGCACCCAAAGCAAAAAUAGACAGUGGAAGAUCUUCAUCUAGGAGCUCUUCCAGAAUGAAUAGUGGCAGGACAUCAUCAAGAACAGGCAAUAAAGCCACCUGGAUCCACAAGAGCUCUCCGGAUCAAGUCAAGAAAAUUGAACUACUAAGGGAGCUUGACCAGCUAGAGAAAAAGAUUGCUGCUCUAGAAAGAGAAAAACAAGCACAUGUCUACAGCAAGCGGAGUGAGUUUAGACAAGACUACCUUCCUCUGGAAGAAUUGGAAUCCAAGACAGUCAACGACAGGAGAAAUGAAAAGGUGAAAGUCAGAGGGCAGCUAGAAAAGAUGAGGAGUACCGUGGAUAAAUUCCAACACCAGCUACAGAAUGUGAAACCUACCCCAGAAUUUGUAGAGAAGCUGAAGGAGACAAUGGAGGAUAUUGAGAGUGUCAUCAACUCCUUCAAGGAUCAACAGAGAACAAUUUACGAAGAACUGAUGAAAGAAGAGAAGACGUUGUGGCAAGAGAUAUCAGCUCUUGAGAAGAGGUUUGAAUCCUGGGCCCAAGCGCCCCCAAUAACCAUCCCCGUACCCACCAAGGCAUCGUCCAAACUACAGCCAGUGUCGUCGGCACGUAAUGCCGUGGCCUCCAUGCCUCCUGAAGUGGCAGCUUUUGAGCGUUUUUUGCAGCAAACGGGAGGUCACAGAGGUGGUUGGGAUGAGUAUGAUCACACUACAUUCAUGAAGAUCAGAAUUAAAUUCAAGGGAAGACCAGCAUUCAUGGAUGAAGCAGCCGUGUCUCUGCCCGGUAGAGAUAUGAUUGAUGUUAAAUGCCAUGAGAACUGGUAUCAGGAAUACAGUACUCUCCUUCAGCGCAAGAAGGAGGCUAUUCAGAAAUGGAGACUUGUGAAAGAAGCUCAGAAAGAUGAGCUGAUGUCCAACGUGGGAAAUGAGGAUGAGGAAGAGCUAGAGGUGGCACAGAGAAAAGCAGAACUCAAAGCUAAGAGGCUGGAAGAAGAAAAAAGGGAGAAAUAUGAAAAACUCAAUGCUUGGAAAGUGCAAAAGGAAUUGGAGAAAGCUGAAGAGGAAGAGAGGAUAUUGGAAGAAGAGUACAAGAAAGCGAGGAAACAAGAGCAGGAGAGACAACGAAAGAUGGAGGAGAAAGCCAAGGUUCAGAUGCACAUCCAGCAGAGGAAAGAAGAAGACCUGCUUCGUCAGAUGGAAGAGGAAAGGAGACGAGAGGCGGAGAGUGAAGAAAAGAGGAGGAUCGCUGCCCAGGAGAGGGUCCGCUUCCUAGAGAGAGACAAGCGACAGAUGGAAGAGAGAUUAGCCAAGGAGAAGGCCAAGGAGGAGGAAGAGAAGAGAAAGAAAGAGAGGUUGCAAAGAAUAAAGGGCCAGGUUGAAGUGCAAGCCAAGCGUGAUCCUACCAGACUCUAUCAACUCACAGCCGGAUGGAAGGAGAGGAAGAAAGAUACUACUGCUACAGGAAAUGGACCAGUCCUUCAUAUACCGCACAGAGCCGUGCCAUCCUGGAGGGGCGGGCCAUCUUGAUUCUUUCACAACUUGACAAGAGUAGUAUGGAUCGUCAGUGUUUCUAUGUCCCGUGCAAACCUUCUACCUGAUAUCGGCUCAUCUCAGAGUUUCCAUGAGGUUACUUCAGGUGUCACGACUCUUGGACAUUUUCAAAACCUUGAUCAGCUGUGUGUAUACUGUAUGAUUAUUUAUUAAAUGCACUUUGGCAAUAUAUGAUGAUAGACCACUUAUCAGAGAUACAAUAUAUACAGUUAACGCUAAAUAGACUGGGCUAUUUCGACGCAUAAGAAGACGGGGGAGGAGGGUCUGUUUCAGCCCCCCCCCCCUUAUGAUCUCGGCCGUCAAUCACGCGAUCGCCAAAAAAAUUGGCACACGCAUUACCCAUGUCAUAAUCUACAAAACUAUUAGGUCAAAUUCUGUGAAAAAUCUCAUUGCUAAUUAAUUAUGCUAAUUUAUGCGUAAAAUAAAAAAAUUGCUCCAACUAAACAAUGCCUCUAAAAUGACAAUUUUUGGUUCACAGACUCUUUAUAGGAAUCUGAUAAAAUGUACUUUAUAAAAUUUCAACAUCACAUUUAUUUUCUUAUGUAUUUUAUUGUUUUCUAAAUUUCUUAUAUAUUACCUUGUUCUUUUACUUUUUGUUUUUUAUUGUUUUUUUUCAGUGGGAAUUGUUGGUGGCUUUAUUUUGACCAUAAAAAAACGAAAUUAAUUGAUUUUAAUCGGUAAAAGUAAAAAUAAUGAUACAUUUAUGAAUUUUGGCUAAAAACACAAUUUGCAUUGGAUUUGUACACAAAUUCAUGUUUUUGAGCAAUUUGGGGUCUGCAUUUCUUGGAUCCAAUGAUAGUGACCGUCACCUGGUUAUGUGCAUCUUUAUACGAACAUACAGGUGUUGUGACAAUAGCAAUUAUCAUGAAUAUCAAGACGUAUCUGAUCGCUUAAAGACGGAUCAGUUUCCCCGGUCUUAGUUUUGUUGGCUGAUACCCUCUUUCAGCAUGUGCCUUUCAAUCAAUAUGCUUCAUAUUUGGAGCAGCAAACUUGAGAAGCAGACAAUUUUUGUGAUAUAAAAUAUGAUAUUAUUCGAUCCGGACACUUCCAGACGCGCAAGGAUCUCAGUAACAUUGAGAGACACACGAUCUAUACACGCUAUGUGCCACAUAUAUCUGGAAUAUUAUGGAGAAACUUGGGAAAAUGAACUUAAAAAUGGUUAACAAUCAAUGACAAAUUUGCCUCUAUUAAAAUAUUUGCCGACAUUGUCCAAAAUAAAACACAUGGAACAGAGAUUACCAAAGGUAAACAAGAACUGCACAUCAAUUUUCCAUGAUUUAAGUGAUUGCGCAUACAAUCUGUGAAAUAUAAAGUUCCAUAAAGUUCCAAUGACAAACUGCUUCAGGCCCUUCUUACGGUAACGAUCAUCUGAUCACAGGAUCAAAGUAGACGUAUGAAGUAUGAAGAGGAUGUUAUUCAGACGACAAUAUCAGUCAUCUGUUAGUGAAUUCAGUAUCUAAGCGAUGAAUGUCCAUCUCUUCAUAGGUCCAUGAUCAAACCUUCACCAAUAUUUUCAUGAAUUUUUACUUUUAUGAAAACCAACUAUUCUUCAUGGUGUUCUUCCCCUUUAAACACACAAGCAUUUUUUAAUGUUUGAAUUAUGCAUCUAAAUGGAAUUUGAUUUUUCUGAGGUUUCACUUGCAAUUAUACAUUGGACUUAUCUUUGACGAAGAAGAUCAAAUAUUAUCCGUUGUUCAAUUAUUAAAGGUCAAGUCCACCCCAGCAAAAUGUUGAUUUGAAUAAAUAGAGAAGAAUCAAACUAGCAUAACACUGAAAAUUUCAUCAAAAUCGGAUGUAAAAUAAGAAAGUUAUGGCAUUUUAAAGUUUCGCUUAUUUUUCACAAAACAGUGAUAUGCAUAACUCAGUGACAUACAAAUGAGUCAGUUGAUGAUGUCCAUCACUCACUAUUUCUUUUGUUUUCUAUUGUUUGAAUUAUACAAUAUUUCAUUUUUUACAGAUUUGACCAUAGGGACCGACUUGACUGAACCAUAUAAUAUUAAACAAUGCUAAUUCCACAUGUAUUGGGAGGAACUAAUCACUGUUUCACUUGACAAUGAGGAGAAAAUCAGAAUAUUUCAUAUAAUAAAAUACAAAAGAAAUAGUGAGUGGAUGACGUCAUCAGUCUCCUCAUUUGUAUACCGACCAGGAUGUGCAUAUAACUGUUUUGUGAAAUUAAGCGAAAAUUUAAAAUAUCAUAACUUUUUUAUUUUACAUCCGAUUUUGAUGAAAUUUUCAGUGUUAUGCUUGUUGGAUUUUUCUCUUUUUAUUCAAAUAAAUUUUUUGUUGGGGUGGACUUGUCCUUUAAAAGGCCCAGAGCUAAAAGUGAAAUUGACAAAUGGGAGAUAAUUAUCAAGAUACAUAGCACAAGAAUGUACGUUUUAUUCAUAUUUCCCUCUUGACAACUGAGUAUUUUGCUUAAGAAAAACUCAAAUAAACAGGCUUUAAAAAAUAGGCUUUCUAGUGCUUUUCACUGGCCUCUAGACUGUGGCAUUAUUGUUGUGUUGGAAGGGUUGUGAUUCCAUAGGUUUGUACAGAAAAAAAUUGGUGAUUUUUCUGCUUUUCAGAUAAUGAUUUUUUUUUUCAAUUUGCUGAAGAAAAUGGCACUGACAAUUAUUCAGUGCUCGAAUGGAUGGAAACAUACAACUCUUCACAAGUAUAGUUUUUUUGUGUGUGAUUUCGUUAUUUGGCUCUUAUUGUGCCUAAACUGCUGUCUGGAAAAGUUAUUACACACAAUCUGAAUGCCGAUAGAAUUGGGAAGCUGCAUCAAAUAAGCGGGAAAUGGAAUAUGGCAAAAAGUAAUCCAAUGAUGUAGAUUUCCUCCAUCCAAGCUUGCAGGAAAAGAUAUGUAUGAUAUCUACGAAAAAGAGAAGAAAAUAAAAUGUGUAAUCUGAAAAACAGAAAAUUCACCCAGUUUUUUCUGUGUGUAUGAUAUCUACGAAGAAGAGAAGAAAAUAAAAUGUGUAAUCUGAAAAACAGAAAAUUCACCCAGUUUUUUCUGUGUACAAACUAAUAAAAUCACAACGCUUCUAAUACAACAAUACGUCAUGAUCUUAAGGGCUGGUGAAAAAGGACAAGAAAACCUAUUUUCGAAGCUCGAUAAUUGGAGCUAUUCUUAAACAAAAUACUCAGCAAUUAAGUGGUGAAGAAAGGAAUCAAGCUUACAUUUCUGUGUUAAGUGGUUCAUGAAGCUUUUGAUAUGUCUAUUUCACUUUUGGGUCCGGUCUGGGUCUUUGAGUAAUUUGCAUAAAAUUUGAAUUUGAUCUGAAUAUUGUCAUCUUUACCUACCAGAUUCUUUCAUUUUAUUUGUAAGCUUUUAGAAUGAUACAUGUAUUAGAGGUCUUUACAAUAAUAAUUAUUUCAAUUUAA